GGGGCGCUGUGCCCGCCGGGGGCCGGGCGGGGGGAUGGGACGGGACCGGGACGGGACGGGACGGUGCCUCUCCUCGGCACCGGCGGGACAGCGACAGCGAGGCUCCCGGCUGGCUGCCGCCCCGCCAUGGCUCCCAGCUCAGAGAGGCUCUUCGACUCCCUGGGACACUUCGGCAGAUUUCAAGCAUUUCUUUAUUUUUCAUCUGUCUUUCAAGCUAUGUCAUGUGGUAUCCAUUACUUAGCGUCUGUGUUCAUGGCUGUUACUCCUAACUUUGUGUGUGGGAUCCCUGGAAAUGUGAGUAGUGUUCUCUUCUACAACUCCUCUGAAUCAAGUCUUGAGGACAUCUGGACACUAUGGACAUCAACAGAAAAUUACAUUGUAGUCCAGCUGGAAAAUGGAGAAAUUUGGGAACUUAAUCAAUGCAGCAGGUCCAAACGAGAAAUGAGUUUGGAUCUGGCAUAUGAAUAUAAAGGCAACAAGUCCGUAUUUUCUUGUUCUGAUGGAUUUCUCUAUGAUGAUACAAAAUGGAAGAGCACUGUUGUUACACAGUGGGAUCUGGUCUGUGACCGAGAAUGGCUUGCAAAAUUAAUCCAGCCUACAUUCAUGCUUGGAGUCUUGAUUGGAGCAGUGAUUUUUGGUGACAUUGCUGACAGACUGGGAAGACAGCGUGUCAUAUGGUUCACAAGUGCCGGUCAGUUUGUAUUUGGCAUCGCAGUGGCCUUCACAUUUGACUACUACAGUUUCGUGAUUGUGCGCUUUCUCCUUGCUAUGGUUUCAAGUGGCUAUCUGGUUGUGGCUUUUGUUUAUGUGACUGAAUUCGUUGGCAUUAAAGCACGAACCUGGGCUUCUAUGCAUGUCCAUGCUUUUUUUGCUGUGGGAGUUAUGAUUGUGGCACUUGUGGGAUUUUUGGUUCGGACCUGGUGGGUCUAUCAGAUAUGUCUGUCCAUAGCGACUCUUCCCUUUGUCUUGUGCUGCUGGAUGCUCCCAGAAACACCUUUUUGGCUCCUGUCAGAGGAAAGAUAUGAAGAUGCACAAAAAGUAAUUAAUAUAAUGGCAAGAUGGAAUAAAGUGAGCACUCCCUGCAAAGUUUCUGAACUGUGCUCAGUCCAACAAGAUGAUCUAGUCGGUGGCAGAAUGGGUGACAAUGACACGUCCUCAACAAAGAAGCACAACAUCUUAGAUCUGUUUUGUAAUUGGCACAUCGCAAGAAGGACCAUCACAGUCUGGCUGAUUUGGUUCACUGGGAGUUUGGGGUACUACGUCUUCUCCCUCAGUUCCGUCAGUCUAGGAGGCAAUGAAUAUUUAAAUCUCUUUCUCAUAGGUGCUGUGGAGUUGCCUUGCUAUAUCAUUGCUUGCAUUGGGAUGGACAAACUGGGAAGGAGAAACACACUCAUUCCGUUCCUUAUUUUAAGUGCACUGAUCUGUGUUUUAAUUAUGUUCAUACCUCAGGAUUUCAAUAUAUUAAUUAUCUUAGCAAAUAUGGCUGGAAAAUUUUCAAUAGGUGUGGCAUUUGGCCUUAUAUAUCUCUACACAGCAGAACUGUACCCAACAAUUGUAAGGUCACUUGCUGUUGGAAGUGGAAGCAUGAUGUGCCGUGUAGGUAGUGUGGUUGCUCCUUUCUGUGUAUAUCUGAGAAGUAUUUGGAUUUUCAUGCCAAUUUUGCUUGUUGGAAUCAUGGCUCUUCUGAGUGGAAUAUUAACAAUAAUGCUUCCAGAAACACUGGGAAAACCACUGACUAAUACUUUGGUGGAAGCUACAGAAAUGGGAAGAAGCAAGAAAAGCAGUUCAGGAAAGACGCCACCAGCACACAGUGGUGUGGCAUCAGAAAAGAUAGAGAUGUUUGGUCAAGAAACAGUCAGCACUGAGAAAUAAAGCAACAGCAUAAGUGGCUGUUCCCAAUUUUAAUCAUGAUAUAAUUUAUAAGAUAUUUUUAUUCAAGAAAUGUGACUGUUCUAUAGUAUCUGUGCCUUUUAAUUUUUAUCCAGUCUUGCCUUUUCAACAGAGCAGGUAUAUAAAACCUUUUCCACGUGACUGGGGUACUGCAGAAAAUUUGGCAGGAUUUCUAGAUCCUUUAGAAACCCUGUCUUGCUUGCUGUGACCAGUUGGAAUAACUAUUCUAAAUGUUGGAACCUGCCUGAUUGCACAUGUGUAAAACAUACGCCAAUUCUUUGCCUCAGAUUUUCUGCAGUUAGAUUGUAAACCCAGCACAAAGUGCCUUGUCUGCUCUCAUCCUGUUGCAGCUGACAGUUACAGCCUUGAGACUUCAAAACAUGGUAAACUCAAACAGGUAUAAUGCAAGAGAGAAGCCCUAACAUUGAAUCAAGUCAUAUCAAUAAUUUCAAAGCCCAACUAAUUUAUUCUCUUUUUAUUUUCCAAUUUUCUACUAGAAAAGGUGCCAUUGCUAACAAAGGAAAGUAUUCUGUGCAACCGCUUCUGAUUGAAAAAAUAAUACUAAGUUUGCAAAAUGUGCAAAUAGUUUGUGUACUCUUCAUUCUGUUGAAUGGCAAAUGUAUUUUUAUUAGUGGUUUAGAAAAAAUUGUUCACUGGAUCUACUGCUGCCUUAGUAGGUUCUUUUUAGUUUAGGUAAAACUAAAAUGCCUUUGAAAGUCACAUUCAUUCCAGACCAUUAUUUCAGUGUUCCCCUCUCACUUAUUUCAGCUCAGAUCGAGCAUCAGAUUCUUCAUCAUUUGCAAGAACUACACCAGCAACUUUGCCAAAUGCCUCCACCUCAGGCCUCAGUGGAGCAGAAUAACUGACAAAUGGGUCUUAUUCAGGCUCUCUGCACAAGGUGGAAUUCAUUAUAAAUGAAUGAUUAGUAAACAUGGUUUCUACACACCAUUUUUCUCAUAGAUCAGCUGUCUGUAGCUCUUUUCCUUAUACCACACAAAAUCAAUUAGAAAAAUAUAAUUUGAAAAAUAUAAUUUAAAAAAUGGUAGCUGGAGGACACUGAUCAAUAGAAGAGUUACCAGUUACUCUAGUAGUUUUAGUCAAAGUGUCUGUAAGUGUCCUACUAUUGUUACACCUCAUGUGUGCAUCAACACUUCCUUGCUGGUGCAGUGAUCGUGCCCUAUGACUGUGGACCACAGAAAACCGAUAGAUAGGAAUGCAGCAUACUGGCUAUUUUUAUGGCUUUCUGUCCCACUCUGCCUUUUUCAGUCUACCUCCAGACCUGGGGGGUUUCUUCCUUGCCUGAGGAUCUGUAUCUUCUUCUCUCGACCACCCUUGGUUUGAGAGGGGUGAUACGUGAACUUUGUGUGUGUUGGGGUUCAGACAACCCUCUUUUGCUUGGGCUGCAUAAACCCUGUCAGCCCUGGUUUGAAGUCAGAGUUCUUCUCAUCUUAGGCACCUAUUGCCAUGCUAGCCGAUUUGAUCUCAUCAAAACAAGUCUUUCCUUGUUUACUUCUUUGACAUAUACCUCAAAAUAAGACAUCUAUAUUACUGUCGAUAAGUAUUCUAUAUACUGUAGAGUUUAAUGGUCACAUUUUUCACAGUCAUAUUAGAAACCAGAAUAAUGGUUUAUAUCCCCUUAUAAAAGAUUUUUUUUCUUCACUGUGCUGUCCCAGAGUGUCAAGUAGAAUUUUGGUCCUGGUAUUAGGACAAAAUCAUAUCCUAUACGAGGACUAACAUGCUUCAAAGCCAAGGAAAAAUCAGUAAGUUUAGGUUCAGGGAGUUUCUGUGUGGUAAUUACACAGAAAGCUGAAAGGGAUCGUUAUGCUCCCUUCAACUCUGUGGGUGUUCCAGGAUUUGCAGAGAAAACCUCCCAAAAGAACUGCAUAGAAUACUAUGGCUUCUGUCCAGAUAUAUUAGUUCAGCAAAAGCAUGUGCUUAACCUUACCCGCGUGAGUAAUCCCAUCAUUAUUCAGAGAACGACUUGAAUACAUACUUUGAUGACUGAAGAUAGGAUGACUCACAAGCUGUGGCUUUUUAUUUUGCUGAAGGUCAGACCUGGUAUUCUUCCACUGCUUUCAGAUCCCCCUCCACUUCCCAGAGCAGAACAACUCUCCUUAUCUGCAAGAUCUGUCACCAAACUCCGCAUGCUCUGCCCUAAACAGGGGUUUAACCAUGCUAAAAAAGAAAAUGUCAUGCAAUAGACACAACAAGGAAUUAAACUGGUACUGUCUGGUAUUGCAACCACCUCCCUCCCCUAGAGAUCCAAGUAGUCACGUUAUUUUGGGUUUCUUUCGCACUGAUAUUCCCUCUUUUAUUAGUACAACGUCCUGUCUUAAACUCCUUAGUCUUGAGUGCUGGGGGCAGUACAGUCUAUUUCUAAGAAGAUACUAGAGAACAAUUAAAAUUAAUUUUUUUACUUCCUUACCUGCCAAACCCCCCUGAGCUGGGGCUUACCCUGCUAAGAACAGUCAAUACGUGUUAUGUAUUCCUUUGACUUGAGGGAUUCAGGACCUAGUCAUCUGUAAUUGGUAUACAUAAGGUAAAGAAAAAAAAGAAAAAAGCAAAAACUUAAAUGCACAAUGAUAGUGAGCAAUCCUUACAGGCUAAAACUUAGUGAUGAUUCUAAAACACAAUGUAGCUCGAUGGCUUUUAAUCCCAAAGGUCAGUUCCUUCUGUCACUGAAGUCAGUUGGUAUUUCGUCUUUGAUUCAAGUGAGACCUGAAUUUCCCUGAACAAAUGAUGUUACCUUUUUCCCUGGAAAUAAAAAGGUUUCUGAUCCACAUGUACAUCUUUUGUGAUUUUAUGCAUUAAUACCUUAGAGGAUUCCUUGAGGUAUCCUAUUCUUUAAUGUGAGCAUGCAUGUUACUGUAAAAAAGGAAAUAGCACGUCUCUAUGUAUGUAGCAUUUCUGUUUGUUUUUUCCAUAUGGACAAAAAUAUGUCAUACAUUAUAAACAUAGCAUAGACAGGGUGAGUUGAUUUCUUUCUCUUAAAUAUUCAUAGAUUUUCUAUUGAGAACAAAUGCUUCUGUUCCUGUGGGGCAUAUUUUCCUCUUGUUGCUUAUAAAAAGAAUUCCUUUUCAUAGUUCCUUAUGCGAGUCCUUAAGCUCUUUUAUGUGUCUAUUUGUCAUCUCUCUCUUAGUGCAAAUUUAUUGAGCUGAUCAAUGUCUCUGGAGUUACCUAAUGUUUUGUUGAGAUACUGCAUUAGAAUUCUUAUCUGUCUUAACUGCUGGUCACUAUUGCACAAUGACAGAUGUUUUUGUCCUAAAUGCGAUAUCGUAUUUCAUUAGAUAGUCUUGCAGUUUGUUAAGGACAUACUUUCUAGGUUAAAUAUAGGAAUGAGAGCAAUUGUCAUUAGUUUAAUGAUAACUAAGAAAAAAUAGUAAGUAAAUGCGUUUGAUAUUUUGAAUCUGUAUUUUAAAACUAUGUGAAAAGAUGUGUUUUGUACUUUAAGAGCUCAAUUCAAUUUCUUUGUGCAAAUUUCUAUAGUUUAAACAACGAUGUAGAAAAACAAUAGCCAUGCAAAUCAUGUGCAGUCCGUCAAAUGCUUUGGGUGGUACCCUGAAUGUCUGAACAAGGCAGUGGAUCCUGCCUGAAGGCCGAGGGAUUUUUGUGUAACAGCUCUGUGGAAACAGAAGAUGGUCUGACAUCGCACCUCUGUGAUGGAGUGGAGGACUCAUUAGCAUUCUCCUGUAUCUUUCACAGCUUAUUUUUACCAACUCCUUAGGUGCAGUCACUUAGGAAGCCUCCGCAGCACUGGGCUCAGCAACACGCAAGGCCUGUCAGUGCCUCUCACAAGGUAUAAAAAGGUGAGGUCACUUGCGUCACAGAGGCAUGAUGCCAGAAAGGCAUUUGUGGCUGCAAAAAGCAGGGUCUGAGUUCAUCCUGUGCCCUUUACAAACCUCUUAAAGAUGCUUGUCUGAAUCCCAGAACAGAUUCAUAGGGAUUAAUAGGGAUUCAACAGAUGAAAUUCAAAGAUUAAUAAAAAUCAGCUCUGGAGUCCUCAGCACAAGAAGGACACGGACCUGUUGGAGCGGGUCCAGCGGAGGGCCACAAAGAUGAUCAGAGGGCUGGAGAACCUCUGCUGUGAGAGUUGGGGCUCUUCAGCCCGGAGAAGAGAAGGCUCUGGGGAGACCUUAUAGCAGCCUUCCGGUACCUGAAGGGGGCCUACAGGAAAGAUGGGGAGGGACUCUUUACCAGGGAGUGUAAUGAUAGGACACGGGGUAAUGGCCUCAAGUUGAGAGAGGGUAGAUUUAGUUUGGAUAUCAGGAAAAAAUUCUUUACUGUGAAGGUGGUGAGACACUGGAACAGGUUGCCCAGGGAGGCUGUGGAUGCCCCAUCCCUGGAGGUGUUCAAGGCCAGGCUGGAUGGGGCUUUGAGCAGCCUGGUCUAGUGGGAGGUGUCCCUGCCCAUGGCAGGGGGGCUGGAACUGGGUGGUCUUUAAGGUCCCUUCCAACCCAAACCAUUCUGUGAUUCUGUGAAAAAUAUGAGUGUUGACAAAAGAACAAGAUUAUUCUAUCAGGAAAAAAAAUCUAGUAAAUGCAGCCAAGCAGUAUCCGCAUUGUUACAUCUCUCCUGAAGAAAGAUUAAAGCACAUCUAUGUACUGGCAAGCUAAUAAUUUUGUCCAAGAUUCUGUACCAGAUGAAGUGUGUGUUUGGUAACAUGGGGGAAGGAGGUGCUCAUAGGAAGGAGUUUGUUUGCUCAGAAUAUGUGGUUUUAAUACAAUAUAUGUUAAUGGCUUUUUAAAUGAGUAUUUAUUAUCUGCAAUUAGGUGCAAGAAUAAAAUCAAAUACAUGUUAUUU